CGCCCCUGCCCCCUGCUUGUAACAUAGCAAUAGGCUAUUGAGAAUCAUGUCUAGCGCAGCAGAGCCCGUUCCUGUCGCAAAUCCACCAGUGGUGUCAAAUAACCCUGACCCCAACCCGUCAACAGUAUCGGCCCCAGUAGCUGAUGACGUCAAGGUGGCUGAUACUAACAAGUUCGAUGAGGGCUCAUCAAACAAUGAGCCGCCAUCAGUGGAAACAAUCCGAAAGGUCGAGGACUAUGAGGUAUUCGAUAACAAAGGCGAGAAACAUUUGUUCAAGAGCAUCUACGAUGGACCCGAUACAACGGGGCGCGUUCUGGUGAUUUUCAUCCGCCAUUUCUUCUGUGGGAGCUGCCAAGACUACGUUCGCGAACUUGCAGAGUCUUUCAAGCCCGAAGAGCUACUGCAACUUCCUAAGGCAACGUCCCUCGCCAUUAUCGGCUGUGGCGACCAUGGCUUAAUCGACUUCUACGCCAAAGAAACCGGAUGUACAUUCCCCAUCUACGCCGAUCCAGCCAACGCCCUAUACGACGACCUGGGCAUGACAACGACCUGGGACCUCGGCCCAAAGCCAGAGUACAUCCGCAGAAGUAUGGCUCGAGUUGUCGCAGGCUCGAUCAUGCAGGGGCUCAAGCACUUAGGUAGCGGACUUGCUACGAAAGGAGGAGAUACCAAACGCGUGGGUGGUGAGUUCUUAUUUGAACCGAGCGGCGAAGAUGGAGGGAAGAAGAUUACGUGGUGUCAUCGGAUGACGAAUACGCGCGACCAUGCUGAGAUCAACGAGUUGGUAAAAGUGCUUGACGCGGAUGGUAAGAUAUUGUUACAAAAGGCGUAAAGUAUCACGGUGGAGGAUCAUGUUGUUCGAGACUUUGUACUUUGAGAUUGCACGUUAUGGCCGUACGCAGGUUACAGACAGACGAGUAGUUUCACCUCGGAAGAGCAUUUAAUUCGAGUGGGAGAGCAGGAAUUUCCUUAGUGGCAUUGGAAUACGCCGAGGGAUCUCAUCCUAUUGUGAGAUAGUUUAACGAUGCAAUUUAAUCAUAACG